GAUUUGCGAGAGCGGCAAACUGCAAAGCUGAGGGAGGGAAAAGAAGAAAAAUAAAGCUAGGCAGGAGUUAUAGGGGGAAAAAAAGAAAAUGGAAAUUGCAAACGAGACCAGGAAAUAGGAGAAGCUGUAAAGCAAAAGGAAAAUGAUCUUGCCUGGAUCAAUGAAACGCAAUUUUGAGAUCAUUGAGUGUAAAAACAAGAAUAAAGGUAAGAAAUAAAGACUAAAGGUGGAAGGGAAGAAAAAAAGGUCACUUUGACAAAACAGAGUGAUGUCUACAAGACAGACGUACAGAGGAAGCAAAUAAGAACUGACAUAAGGCACAGCGGAAAAUGAGUGAAAAUCAUAAGGAGGGGGAGAGGAGGAAUCACAGAAAGCAAGAGUGAGAGGAGACGUGGUGCUGGCAAACAGGGCUGAUGAUGAUGAUGAUGACAACUAGGCAGGCACACAGAACAAGGGGCAUUAAUUCAGGUGAGGAAAUGGAAGCAGAAGGGAAUUCUCUCUUCGUCAUUACUCAGGAGAGAUAGGAACUCCCAGCCGCCUGCUGCAACCCUUCACAAUGAACUGGUUUAACUGGUGCCUGCUGAUUCUACAGCCUGUGGGUGGACUUUAAGCAAGGUUUUUGGUGCCUGAAAGAUACUGCCAGACUCCCCAUCUGCGGGCACUGAAUAAGAUGUUGCAUGUACCUUGGAGUGUGCCACCAACACCACACAUCAGAGGAGCUGCAGUCGUUUACUGAGACAAGAACGCAGCCCAGGGAGGCUCAAAUCUUCACAAGCCAAAUCUGGGGGUGGGAGUUGUAGGAAGGAGGAAGACAGACUGUCAGCUCAGUGUACCAGGCAACAAAAGGCUGGCACCAUUCUGUCUGCCUGUCUCCUGCAGAGCUUUGCUUCCAAUCACAAGGCUACCCUACAACCUCAGGUACCAGGGAACCUCUGCAAAGGGAGGGGCAAUAAGAUAAGGGGUGAUAUAUCAUUGGGGACACAAUAAGAGAUUAUACGCUAACAAUAAUGUCCUGGACAGAGGAGACCCAACUUCAAGAUGAAUCUGACAUUUUGUAAAAGAAUGUUAUCCAGGGAAGACCUCUUUAGACUUUUCUAAAAGCCAUAUCUCUGGUUUCUACAAACAUUUAGUAAGAUCAUCCAAAGACAAUCUUCCAAAACCAUGCACUAUGCUUCCUGACAUAAACUGAUUUCCACAAUCUGCGCCCAAUAUAAAAUAUACUUCAGGUUAUGUUUACCAAAUGCUAACUGUUUGUAAUCUAUUGGACUUCAGAAAGAUAACCCCAAGCAGUCUGCAAACAAAAUGAUUAAUGUAUGGUAAUAACCACGAGAACAAAGCACAAGAUGAAGAAGAGUAAAUGAAUAAUAAGAUUACGGAACGAAGGAGCUGGGAAUGAUAUGCCAUCUUUGCACAAAGAAUACCUGACCCUGGUGCCCCCGUCUGUAAAUCUGCAGUGCGUGUUUGGGGGUUCGUGCCCCUCUGUAUGGCAGAAUAAGAUGGUUAUGUCUCAGGGCACAUACACUUUUCUCAGUUGUUUCGCUGGUUUUUGGCUUAUCUGGGGACUUAUUGUACUGCUGUGUUGUCUGUGCAGUUUUCUAAGACGCCGUAUGAAGAGACGUAGAGAAGAAAGGCUGCGGGAGCAGAGUCUACGUUCUGUACACAUUGAACCACUUCAGUACGAGGAGUAUGUCAGCAGCCCCCGUAUUCCUGUGGCACAUCGGAUUCGGGCACAACAGGCUGCCCAACCACCACCACAACAACAACCAGCAGCAGCACAAGCUCGACCAUGGUCUGCUACACGCAGGAAUGAACCAGACUUGUCUCAACCACCUUGUUAUGAAGAAGCACUACUCAUGGCUGAACCCCCACCACCAUACAGUGAGGUCCUUACUGAUACUAGAGGCAUCUACAGGAAAAUCCUCAGUCCUUUUCUCUCUGUUCAGGAUGAGCUGGUGAAACCAGAGCAACCUUUGAGCCAUAAACAACAUCUCACAGGACAACAAAAUACUCAACCACUUCCUGGCGCCCUAAGCUCACAGAUUCUACCCAAUCCCCCUCAAGAAGCACCAAGCCGAAGACGGCCAUCUUGGUCAGGCUCUGAAAUUGGAAGUGGAGUACUGCCCGGAUUGCCAAGGGGCUGCCAACUGAUAUUCCCAAUUCCCCUGCUGGGCAGGACUACAGCCGUUUAAACCAGCAUGGAAGUUGCUGUGGUCCAAAGAACUCGAGGAAGUUGGAUGGUCUGUGAAUGUAAUAAAAUUACAUAUAUAUUUCUGAAAACUGCAUUUAAAAUGACAGUGUAGCCAUUUGGGUAUCUGAACAUGACUAAACAACAUGGGCCAUAUCUACUGUAUCUCUGAAAGAUGGCAUGAGAGGAGCUACAAGACUCUUGAAUGGAUUAUAUAAACUUGUAUAACUCACCGACAAAUACUGAUGUGCAGUCAGAUUGGGUCUGAUUCUGACAACAUCCAUGCUCUGCUCACUAGAGACUGACAGACUACAGACCCUCUUUAUAUAUUUACAUUUUUAGUUGCACUUCCUGUUUGUGGGAUUAAAGUUUGGCAGCCAUAGCGUGUAUGUGAGCUGCCAGCUAGGUUAUGGUGUCCAUUUCUGUAUGUUGUACAUACUGAGAGGAUCCUGUUCUCUGUAUUAAGAUAUUCAAUACAAUUAAUCUGAAAGGGCUUCACAUUGAACAUUCUGGAACACUUUCAAGUUGUGUAUGGUGAAUGAUAAAAUGUCUUGUCAUAUGCCAAGCUAACACUGUGGAAAGUGAAGUCAUCUGUGCAGUGAUACGUAACUGUGCGCUUCAUUUAUUCUGAAUCGCAAUUUGAUCUGUCAGCUUAUCAGCAUCACCACAAAUACCUAUCACUUCAAAGGGAGAUCAACACUAAGCACACAAUACAAAAAGGGUCCAGGUGUAGGCCAUAGCAGCAAAUUGCAGUUGAUCUUUUUUAGUUCUACAAAAAUAAUGACUUUUAAAUGGUAUAGAUUGAUUUUUUUCCCAGCACCUCUGGUACUCUAAGACGUUAAGUCUAGUUUCUAAAUGAGUACAUCUUUCACAAUUGUAGAAUUUACAAUUCACACACUAAUUACAAAAAUUGUUUGAGUACCAGAGACACACACAUAAAUGUAUUUAAUACAUCUUCUCAACAAAGUCACAGUAUAGUGUAGAACUAAAAGAUUUCAUGAAAAUAUUAAAGCUGUUUUGAAUAGAAACCUGUCCUGAGAGACAUGUGGGGCUGUUGACCUCCUUAUAAAAUGCUAGGUGCUUGUCUGUUA